UGACUCCUCCUUCUGGAGGCACACCCAAGGGAGGUGUGAAUUCACAAAGUUACAAAGUUAACUUUGGCACUUGGCCACUGAAGGACUUGGCACUGAAGGACUGAGGGGUCAGUGCAUCCAGGCUUUUCUGAGCUCCUGAGAAAGGUAGGGCUUGAUCGUCAAGGCAAAAAUAAAAAAGUAUGGGAUAUAAUUUUUAAAAAAGAAUAAAGAGUUGGAGCAGGGGAUCUGAGCUUUGGGCUCUCAUGAGUUGCUUAAACUUUCCCAGCCCCAUAUUCCUCACCUGUCAAAUGAGGGGUUCGGACUCGAUUCCAUGGAGGUGCCCUCUCUGCACAUCUCUGCUUUUGCUUUGUUUUAUCCAUCCCGAUCCUCGUGUUCUACAAGCUCCCCAAGACACCUGCUCCCUCCUGCCUGAACCUGGGAGUCAUUCGCCUUCGCUGCCGGGGAACAGACCCGCUUACAAUUACCACCGUGACUCAUCAGCCGAAAGCUCCGUCUUCGAAGUCCCAUCCUCUCUGUGCCUCGGAAGAGCUCCGUCCGGCUCAGCACCAGGUGGUGACCUCCCUGUGAUACUGAUGAGGAACAUGGCGGGCCAGUCAUUUCCUAAUGUGGCAGUUUUCCAUAUGAGUCUGUUCUUCCUCUUCCAAGGAACCCAGGGCAGUAACCACAAAGAUGAGUUCAGGUUCUGUGGGCAAAGGAACCAGACCCAUUUGAGCAGCUUGAAAUACAUUCAAAACCAUUCUCACCACAUUGUCAUUGAGAAUACAGAGCAAUCCUUAACAAUCAAGGCUCCGUUUCCUACCAAAGACUCCCAGUCCUGGAACUUCCCUUUUCCCCGAGGCCCGUAUCAUUUUUGCCUCUACUGGCUUCCAAAUGCCGAGAAGCUCCAACUCACUUAUGGCAAGACCACUUAUGAGCUGAGUGACCAGGCCCGCCAGUUCCUGUGCUUCAGCCGCCUGGAGGUUGCAGACUCAGGGCAGGAGCCCUUAUUGCUCAACCCUUCCUACAGCUCUUGGAGAAAACCACAAAACACCAGCCUUCUGAGUAGCCAUCAAUACACCUUCCACUUCCAUGAUCCCUCUGGUGAUGUCUUUUCUCACAAUGGGUCAGUGGACAUGUGCGACCUGAAACGAGAACUACAGUCACUUAGCGUGCUCUUGAGCAACCCUGGAAAAGCCGGCAGGAAACCGAUCUCCAACAGCAAACAUCUCCAGAACUUAGAAUCAAAGUUGGUGGGCGUACAUUUCAAUGGGGAUAAGGCUUCCUUCGAGGAGGAGAAGAUCAAUGUCACUGUGUGGAAACUGAGGCCAGAAGUGAAGGAUCUGCACAUCCAUUCCAAAGUGAAGGUGGAGCAGAACAUGGUGCAAAAGUACUCCGUGAAGCUGCCCAGUGCCCUCUUCACAAAGGCCAAAGGCAGGCGAGGAGAAGCCAACAAGAGGCUCCUUCUCGUGGAUUUUAGCAGCCAGGCCCUAUUCCAGGAUAAAAACUCCAGCCAAGUCCUCGGGGGGAAAGUCCUGGGUAUUGUUGUACAGAACACCAAGGUGUCCAACCUUCAGGAGCCCGUGGUCCUUACCUUCUGGCACCAGCCACAACCGAAGAACAUGACUCUACAGUGUGUGUUCUGGGAAGACAACUUAAAAUCUGGAAGCCCAGGGAGUUGGAGUGAUUUUGGCUGCAAAACCAAGGUGGGGGAGACAAACACUUCCUGUUUCUGCAACCAUCUGACUUACUUUGCUGUACUGAUGGUCCCCUCUGUGGAGAUGGAUGUCGUCCACAAGCACUAUCUCACUCUGCUUUCCUACAUCGGCUGUGUCAUCUCAGCCUUGGCCUGCAUCCUGACGAUUGCCAUUUACCUAUUCUCCCGGAGAAAGCAGAGAGACUACACCAUCAAAGUCCACAUGAACCUCCUGCUCUCUGUCUUCUUCCUGGACCUGAGCUUUCUACUCAGUGAACCUGUGGCUCUCCUGGAGAAUGAGGUGGGCUGUCAGGUCAGCGCCAUCUUCCUGCACUUCUCUCUGCUGGCCUGCCUCACAUGGAUGGGCAUCGAAGGCUAUAAUCUCUAUCGACUGGUGGUGGAAGUCUUCAGCACCUAUGUCUAUGGCUACUUGGUCAAGCUGUGCCUCGUGGGCUGGGGGCUCCCUCUCUUUUUGGUGACAGUGACAGCAUUGGUGGAUGGGGAGAACUACGGCUCCAUCAUACUCACCGUCCAGAAGUCAUCUGAAGAUAUUAUCUACCCUUCCAUGUGCUGGAUCAGGGACCCUAUCGUCAGCUACAUCAUGAACCUGGGCUACUUCUGCCUGGUGUUUCUGUUUAAUGCCGUGAUGCUGGGCACCAUGACAGUGCAGAUACUGCGGCUGAACCAACGUGGCCAGAAGUGGCAGCAUGCUCUCACCCUGCUGGGGCUCAGCCUGGUCCUGGGCAUCCCUUGGGCUUUGGUCUUUUUUUCCUUCACCUCUGGCAUGUUCCAGUUGGUUGUGCUUUAUCUUUUCAGCAUUAUCACCUCCUUCCAAGGAUUCCUGAUCUUCCUCUGGUACUGGUCCAUGAAGCUCCAGGCCAGGGGCCCCUCCCCUUUGAAGAGCACCUCGGACAGUGUCAAGUUACCCAUCAAUUCUGGGAGCACUUCUGGCAGCCGCAUCUAGGCACUGAGGGGUCCUACAUGCCCACCCUAGAGAAGGGAAGAGGAGAAAAGGCGAAAACCAGUUUUCCCUGCCCCUCUUUCCUCCUUCUCCCACCUCUCACUGCCCUUGGUUCAUGUGUGGACUUUCUCAGUCUCUUUCACUGGACUUCUCCUUCAUAGUCCUGAUAAGUGUUCUGGGGUUUUAGUGGAGGCUUUCUUCUGGCGCCAAGAGUGACUUAUGAUGACUAUAGAGAGAAGGAAAGACAUGUGAUGCAUGUGAUGAAAGUCAUCUUCAGUUGUAGAGUGGGGGAAGAGAAGCUAAUAGGCUUGAAUGGAAUGAUGGGAGAAGAGAAAUGGGAUGUUUUCUUGGCUGUGACAUUUGUCAGCUGUUCUAUAAUCCCACACUGAGGCUAAAGCUUGAGACUGAGCUUUAGACACUUCAGCUUAAUCUUAUUUCAGCUUUAGCUUGGAGACCACACCAAGAAUAUCCCCUGAUCCAUUCUCAGAAGGAACCAAAAGGUUAGUUCUAGGUAAAUAGUCUAGACUGAACUACUUUUUUCUGAGGUUGUUUCAGAUUUCAGCUCAAAAUGUAGUGGGGAAACCAUUCUAACAAUUAAAAUUACCCCAAAAUAGAAUAGAUUGCCUCAUGAUGUAGUAGGUGGAAAUAUUCAAGUAGGUCAAUGAUCAAAUAUUUGUCAUGAAUUUUUCAGUUGGAAAUUCUGUCCAAGUAGAAGAAUCCCAGCAAGCUCAGAGUGCUAUAGAAGGUCAUAGAUUUCUCCAGACCAAUCAUGACCUGGGAUUGGGGGUGAUUUCUCAGGUCCCAACUCAUUCCUUCCUCCUCCAAUCCCAAUAAUGAUACAGGGCAGAAAUGUCAAUCAAUUCUCAGCUAUUGAUAGAUCUAGAAAGCUUCUGCCAUCCUCUGCCUCAUACCCCAAUAGCAUAGGAUUAUGGAGCAUCUUUCCUGUGAUCUUCUUCCAAUUCUGAAAUUAAGAGCCCUUAGCCAAAAUCCCAUCAUCACCAUUCUCAUUUUUAUCUAUUUUUUCUAAUAUGAGGUCAAAUCAAAAUGCUCCAUGGAGAGUAGUGAAGAGUGUGUGUGUGUGUGUGUGUGUGUGUGUG